UCGUCGGGAGGCGUUUGCCCUUUUUGCCCUUCUCUCCCGUGCCGCACAACUCGCAGCGAACAGCAUCAUUCCCACGGAAACACUGGACAGGAACUACAGCUACAAUGCGUAACUUCGUCGCCCUCUUCGUCGUCGCCCUGCCGGCCCUUGCAGCCGCCCAGUUCGCUACGGACUGUGGAAAUGCUACCCAGGCUACCUUCAACCUGUGUGUCAGCAACGGUAUCUUGGACGGAAACAAACUAGCCACCACCCCUGGCACCACAAUCGAGAACGCUUGCAACAACGUCCGUGAGAACCAGGCCUUAUACUAUUGCUGUCUGUGCAAUGACUACACCGCCGUCCAGAGCUGUUACAACCAGCUCUGCACGACUUCUCCCUCCAUCUCAACCAUCCGCCAGCAAACCUCGCAGUACUGUGACGCCUGCGUCCCCGCCAACACCGUCACCCGCAGCACCAGUCUCCUCCCGUUUCCCACUCUCUCCGGAACUUACUCGACCUUUCCCACCGCUUCCUCCACCGCCGCUCCCGACGCUAUCUCCAACACUGCUAGCGCCACUGCAACUGCUACCGCUGCGGCUAAGAACGACGCUGGAUCGAGGCUUGCUGGCCUCAGUGGCGCCGUGUUUGGCGGUGUCGUCGGUCUCUUCAUGGCUUAGACCCCCCAGCAUCACUCUCACUCGCAUUUCUUUAAGACCGCAUGCUGAUACUGCUGUGUUUCCGAGUUGGCGUAUAAUCACCACGAACAACCGGACUGAACACGGCGUACUUCCGAACAGACGUUUACCCAUACUUUAGCACACGAUAUAUAGGAUCCCUUAUCCAUUCUUUAUACGGACUGUCACAUUAGAUAAACAACGAUUUUUUCUCUACCCCUUACGACGUUGUCGCAAUGCAAUCCGCAUGAUUAACAUAGUGGAAAGAUAACUUCAAGUUCCCAGAACAGUUUCAAGUCUUCGCAUAC